AUGACCGAGGCGGAGACUAUUGGCACGAGCGCCAUAGACAAGCUCAACGCUAAAGCCAAGGAGGAGGGGAAGCCUCUGGAUAAAUACCGCGUCGAUAGAAUGUUAGCCGCGCUCAAGACCCAUGCCGACGCCCGGCGCUACGAUCAAGCAGAGAAGAUCGCUACCGAUUUCAAGAAGGAGUUGGCGACGAAGGGGUACACUGCCGCGUACACGGAUCCCAUAGAGAGGCCGCCAGUGCCGGGUUACAGGAAAAUUGACGCGGACCAGACCAUCAGCGAUAACAAGGACGCAGCGGGGUUUAACGAGGGGAUAGAGCAGUGGGUGAGGAAAUAUGUCGCCGUGUCCAAUGCCGCGAGACAAUCACCAAGCCAUAUCCAGGCUAUUUACAAGGCAGACGAUGUACAUAAACAUAUUGCUGAGGCUUGCAGCGCGUGA